CUACCUUUUAACUUUUAUGCUUUCAUAUGGGGGAGUAAGCACGUCUCAUGACUUCACUCCUCCUAAUCCCACAUUUAAUUUUUCAGAAUUCUGCCUUGCCAUAAAAAUGUUCCCACCUCAACGUCAUCCUGAUAGAAUAACAUGUCUAAAUCAAAGAUACCUUUCCCUCUACCUCUCUUGGGUCCAUAAAUAUGACAGUGCCAUGUCUCCUCAUAACAUCUUGUCUCUUUGUGUUUUUCAGUCUAACAUACGUGCAUUCACCAGUGAAGUUGUCAUGGCUAAAACUCCUGGCACCAGCUUCUACCUAGCCAUCAACUGUCAUCCCGUCCACUCCCCUAGACUCCAGUACAGUGCCCUCGGCCAGCAGGAAGUAGUUAAAGAGAGAAAUCUUUGCCCCUUUUCCUAAUAAUCAUAAGAUGGGAUAUGAAAGGGUUGCUGGCCCAGGCCGGAUACUGUAGCCAGUAAAGCCAGGGAGCUCCUAUCUCCCCCCACCUUUAGAAAUUACUUCUGGCGCCAAACUAAGACCAAUGGGCUACCUGUGCAUCCCUAAUGCCCCUUAGGUUCCACCCCAGGCUGAGGUUACUUAUAUGCCUCACUCCACGUGUUCCACAGAGAGAUCGCUGGCCCCGGGGUGGAGAUGCCAUGCCCCAGGGGGUCAGGGGUAUCUCUCCCCGCAUUCCCAAAAUAAAGGUUACUUAUAUUUUAUACUUCUUAUCUUUUCAGCCGCCGCCAGUCCUCCUCCUCUUCCUUCCACUCCACAGUUCUAUCAGUUACCAUACUGCCUCUUGCUAUUUUAAGAAGAAUUGGCAGUUAUAAUAAAAUUGAACUAAACAGUAAAGAAUAAAACCAAAGCACUGGAGACAGUACAGGAUUUUAAAAGAAAAUAAUAGUCAAUCAGAAUGGGCAUCAUAAUGAUUCUUAUUGUGUUCACAGUUAUGCCUAUACUUUCGAUAUUGGUACUAUCAAGCAAAGCAGAAUAGGGGAAAAAUCAGUCAAAACAAGAUGGUGAGGGCAAUACAGGAUUUCAAAUCAAGUUAAUAGGAAAUCAAAGUAGGUUACUAUAAUGUACCCUGCUAUUUUUUAUUUAUUUUCCCUUAAUUAAAAAAAGAAAAUUAAAAAAGUAAAUAAUUUAAAAAAGGGGGGGGGGACUGAGAUAAAAGAGGGCCUAACAACAGAACAGCGCAGGUCAAAUCAUAACCAUUUAAGCAAACCAGUGUUUCACCACAAGAUAUCCUGACAUAAAAAUAGUUACCAUAGUGUCUCUUUCCUUGAAAUCUUUGAGUAUAACUUCUUAUACUGUAGCACCAAAGAUAUCACGACACUAUAAAACCAUUCAAGAGAAUGACAUUAUUGCAGGGUAUUUAGAACCAAUUGACAGAAAAUGAACAAUGGUUUCUAUAUAAACUCCUUGUCUAUAAAAGUUUUUGCUUAUACUAUCAUAUAUAAUAAAAUCCAAUAAGAUACAACCUUUUAACACCAAUGGAGACUGAAGAAUACACAUUUGAUGGGACUUCAAAACAAGAUGAUACUAAAUCAGCACUAGCUAUUAUGAUGUCUCGUUUUCUCCAAAAUUGCUGUUCCUACCUUCCAAUCUUCUCUACCUCAUUUCUGUUGAGCUCUUUUUCAGUCCUUUGUUGUCAGUUUGUCUUCUUCAUUUUGUUUUCUGCUCCAUUCAUUGUGGCCUCUCAGCCACUAUUUCUGGAAUCUUGGUAUUUUCUUUUUUUAGACUAUCCUGCAGUAUUCUCUGUAGAGUUGAAUUAGUGGUUGCAAAUUCCCCUAGUUCCUCUUUAUCCUGGAAGCACCUUGUUUUUCCAUCAAUUUCUAGGGACAGUUGUGCAGGAUACAUCAAUCUUGCCUGGAGGUUAUUAUCUUUCAAAGCUUGAAUUAUUUCCCCCCAUGCUCUUCGUGAUUUGAUGGUUUGUGCCGAGAAGUCUGCUGUAAUUUUGAUGGGUGUUCCUUUGUAAGUGAUCUGUUUCUUGUCUCUGACAGCUUUUAAUAUUCUGUUCUUAUAUUGGAUUUCUGGAAUUUUGAUUAUUAUGUGCCUGGGUGUAGCUCUGUUUGGGUUGUAGAUUGCUGGGGUCCUGUAUGCCUCAUAUAUCUGAGUAUCUUUACCAUUUGCCAAAUUAGGGAAAUUCUCUUGGAUUAUUUCUGUGAAUAGCUUUUGAGUCUAUUUGUUUGUGUCCCCAAUUCUUCUCUUACAUUCUUAAUUCUUAAGUUAUAGAUCCUCUUAUCAUCUUCUAGUUUUUGUAUUGUUGCUGUUUGUUUUUUUGUUAUUUUUAAGAAGUUUUUCAUUACAUGCUCCCAUAUUACAAAUCUGCCCUCCAGUUCAGAUAAUCUGUCCUUAGUUUCUUUCAAGCUGUUAUGCCAGUUUUCAAUAGAGUUUUUAGUUUCCUUGUAAUCUCUUUGAACCUCCUUCAUGUAUUCUAUGUUUUCUCUAUUUUCUCCAUCAAACAAUUCUCCCCUUUUUUUCUGUUCUUCCAUUGUACCAUCUGUUUUUUCCUGGGCGGUACUUAGCAUUUCUCUAACUAUUCUGCUUAUGUCUAGCUUCGGGUCAUUCAUAACUUCAUUCCUGAACUCCUCUAUGAGGCUCUGGAGAUAGCACUUUAUAUCUAUUGGUCCCAUGUCUACUAUUGCGUGUUUCUCGGGAUUGGGGACUGAGGACCCUUUCUUGUUGCUCCCUCUUCCCAUAUUCUUUGUUCCUUAUAUUAAGCGUGUAUAGGAGGCCCAGCUUCCUUCCCUGUCAGCCACAGUCUGUUUGAAUUGACGGCUAGGUGUUCCUGCCCACUGCAGUGUACUAGGGAGACACAGACCUGGGCAGCCUCUUCUGGGCCCGCCCCUCCAGGUCAACCUACCCCCAAGGCUUCACUGCUAGGGUGCGCCUUCAGGUACUGGGACCUGAGUUGGGCUAUCCUAUUGGGUCUCAGCCAGCGGCUUCUCACAGGCCAGGCACUCCCCACCAAUCCCGCUUGAGAGGGGGAUAUGUGACUGAAGUCACUGCAGCUUCUUGUUCCGGGAAGUCUGCCUGGUCCGAGUAUGUACUCUGCUGAAGCCUCCUUCUCUAUGUAAGGGUCCAAUUCACUGGCAGGUCGAUGCAGGGCACUGGCCAGUCCUGCUCCCAUCUCCUUUCAACGCUUCUCACUCUCCGAGGUUUUGCGCCUCUCUCCCUGCUGUGCCGACCGGGAUGCAACAGCAGCUGCAGGUAAUUCAAAUUGCAGUUUCCAGUGGUGCGGGUCCAGCUUCCGUGCUGAGACCUUAUCUGUGCCUGCUAUCUUGCCAGGAUUGCAUUUCCAGAUGGUUUCCCUUAAUUUAGUUCAUUCCUGGGUCAGCAAAGAAUAUCCCCCCUUGCCUGGAUCUUCCUGUCCUGCACCAUUCCUAGAUUUCAAGUGCAGUUUCUCCGAGAGCCUCAGAGGCUGCUGCUAUCUAUCCGCCAUGUUCCUGUGGUAAAAAAGGUUGUAUAUUAUGGACAAACUUAUACCAACUGCCACUGACAGAAGCAUCCCAUCCAAACAGCAGUGCAGUAUUCACUGCUGUACAUGGAGGAAAUGUUUCCAACACAGUCACAAAAUAAACCCCAAUCAAUUUAAAAGAAUUUCAAUUAUGCAGAGAAUUUUGUCUCACUAUGAUGAAAUACGUUUAGAAAUUAACACUAGGGACAGCACUAUUUACCUAGAACCUGAAAGAGUAAACAGUUAAGAGGAAGCAUGGGAAUGGAGCUCAGUGACAAAGUGCCUGCCCGGCAAGCGCAAGGCCCUGAGUUCAAUUCCCAGGGCCAAAAAUAUAACCUAAAACAAAGGAGAGAAUGUUAGCGGAUAUGUUUGAAAGCUUUGAUGCAGGGAAAAAAUUUCCUGAAAGACAAGAAGGGCCCAAGUCUAUGGGCCUGUGCCUCAUUUCCAUGGAAGACACUGAAUUCGUUAGACCUUUCUGAGUAACUUCAGGCUUGAUGAGCUUCACUGCUGAAUUUUACCAAACACUGAAGGUAGAAGAAGUAUCAGUUUUAUACACUGUCAUAGGAAUUUGAGGAGCAAAAUUUCCCAGUUUAUGAGGUCACUGUUAUUGUGAUUAUUCAGAGCAGACACAAGUAUCAGAGAGAUAACUACACAUCAAUACCCUUGAAAAGAACAGACACAAGUGUUCUUAAAACUUAAACAAUGGAGAGAAACACCUCUUAGAGCAUCACUGAAAAGCACUAACUAAAGAGAUUUCCACAGUAGUGACAGUGAAUUAUCAUCUGAAUUAUUCAAGGUGAUAAAAGCUUAAAUUCAACAGAAUGAUCAGUACAUUUACAAAAUACACUACUACAAAAUUACCUGAGCUAAAAAAAAGACAUGAUACACAACGUAAAUGAGUGACUUAGCAACGAAUUUGAGUCCAUAAAUGGUACCAAACAGAAAUCCUAGAGAAUUAAACUUGUAUCCAAAGUGUGGGCAACAGAAAUGACCACAAGGACAGAGCCCUGGAGUUAGAAGACAGGGCUGGUGUCAGUGCCCAAAUACUCAGGGACACCUUACAAAACUGGAACAUGGACAGUAGAUCCAACAGCUAUUAGAUGGUGCACAGACAACUAACUGGAAUAAGUGAAAAACCACAAGACAGCACAGAUGGCAUAAAAAUCUGUGACAGAAACAAUAGCAGAAAACUUUCUGAAUAUGGGGAAGUAACUUGACAUGCAGAUAAGAAAGACAGAUGAAACCCCAAGUAGCCACAAUCAGAAAAGGAUCUCCCCAUGACAUAUGACAGUCAAUACCUGGGAAGUCCAAGGUGAGAACAGAAUCUUAUAACCUCAUAAAGAAAAGCAAGGAAUCACUUAUAAAUGUAAAACCAUUAGAAAUACAGCACACUUCUCAACACAAACCAUUAAGACCAAGAGAGCUUGGAGUGAGGUAUUUCAACACAUAAAAGAAAGCAACAUCCAACCCAGGUGAUAUAUCCUACAAAACUCUCUUUCAAAACCACUCUGCAGGACUUCAGGGCAACCACUUCCCUCGCUGGAGCCCAGCCAGUCCUGUCUGAAACACACUGUGGAUGGCCUGGCUGUAAGGCCUCUCUAGCUUCCCUGGCCUUGAAACUGUCAGAUUGUUGGACACUGUUAGUGUAGAAACAGGAGAAGUGACUGGGAGGCCCUGGCUUAGAGGAGCAGUGAUCUCAGUGCCCAGGGAUUUCCCUGAACUCUCAGAGGACGAGCAGGAGUUCUCCCAGGGCCUGGCACAUGUAUGACCGUCUUGAUGUUCACCUCAGAGACAGAAUACUGAACUCCAGUUGCAGGAGGUGUGUUGCCUCCCAGGAUUUGGCAACUGUAGAUAGAGAGCUUGUCUGCAUGGCAGGAUGUAGGUGAAACCUCCAGAGGAGUCUUCAAGGUUAGAUGAUGACACUGUGAACAGCAUCCCUGCAAACUUUCCUGGUCUUGACUAUUUCAGGAGCAUAACACUAACUUUGUCAUAAAGGUGCAGAAACAUAGGUUUACCAGACAUACACUCAUUCUUUAGAAUAUUUCUAUUGAUGAGUUAUUAACUUUACUUUUAUAAGUGAUGUUAUAUUACACAGUGGCUUACCAGGAAAAAAAACAAAAAAAUAUAAAGUAUUGAAUUUUUAAUAUUUAUUGAGUGUUUAUAAUAAAGCAUCAAAAUUUAAAACAUCAACAAUUUUUUGGCAUAAAGUCUACAAAAAAUAACAAAAAUAUUCCUAUACAAAUUACACUGAAAAUACCAACAGCAAUUUACAAAAAAGUAAUCUUCACUUCAAUUAUCACAUCUAAAUCAGUCUGUGCACAUGACCACAGCGUAUUCCAUAGACACAUAAUACUCACACUGGGAGCACACGUUUUGCUGUCCUACUCUUUUUGUAGGAUGUACUUGAUAUCUCAAUGGUUUUGCUGUUUUGUCAAGGUUAUUGUGCUAUAGAGUGUGUAGCCAACAGGAACAUAAAAUAUCAAAAGAAGUUCUUAAAUUCUUACUGUGUGUUGUGCCUUUAGAAUACACAUCAAUGGGGCUGGGGGUUUAGCUCAGCACCAUAAGCACCUGCCUUGCAAGCAGGCGGUCAUGAGUUCAAUCCCCGGUACCGAUAAAAAAAUGAAAAAGACAAAAAAAAAAAAAAAAAAAAAAAAGAAUACACAUCAAUAUAUUUUCACAUCAAAGAUAACAUCAAAAAUAGAAACCUAUGUGAACUGCAAUGUAAACAGAAACAAAAAUCUACCACAUAAAUAAGCUUUGCUUCAACUGUCAUAUCCAAAGCAGUCUUUGCACUUGCCAUACCCAAGGCAGUCUUGCAUGUUCCAUACACGAGGGACACUUCCACUGAUAGCAUGUUUUGUUUUCCUGUAUUUUCUUGUAGGACACAGUUGAAAUCUUUUUGUUUUCCUCUUAUCAUCGUGGAUCUAGGAAGCUGUGUGUGCCUGUUCACCUGUCAGCUCACCAGUGCACUCCACAGUACUUCACAUAAUUCACUGACAAGAAAAGCUGGAUUUUUCUCUGCUGUAAAUAAUCUCAUAUGAACUGUAGUCCCAAACCAUAAGAACAUUUCUGUUCAUAACAUCAUCUGGUUUAUUAUUCUAUGAAUAAACACCUUGUGGCUAAGUUCAAGCUAAAUGUCUAAAUUGAAAGCACAAAAAGUCCUCACAUGCACAAGGGCAUGCAUUAUGCCAGAGUUGACCCAUCAUUUUCCAUGAGGCCUUUACAUUCCUGCAAUCACUAUGAGAAAUCCCUCCUAAGCACACAGAUCCAUAAAUGCUUUCAGUUCAGCACCAUGUCAUAAAACAUUUUUGAAUAUGGCUAAUGGUGCAUAGAGAACACUUUACUUGAAUUUUAACCUCUAUAUUUCACAGAAUCUUGUAACAUUUCAUGUGUUAAAAUUUCCAACUUUGAAUAGCAGUAUCAGCAUUCGUCCAAUACAUUUCACUCUUGCCAAGUCCCUCACUAUAUUUUUGGACUUAGUAUUAACAUUAGAUCAUUUCAUUUGGUUAUGUGGCCAUUUUGCAACAUUUUCACUAGUCAAAUAUGUAUUCACAUUGUUUUGUCAUCUUAACAAAGGAGGUCAGUAUCAGUAUCAGUUGAUCUUUGCUCCACUUCACUGUCCCAGGAAGUUUGACUCACAUGGCCAAUUUCAAAGUCCUCUUCCUCCUCUUCAUCGACAUCCAUCCAUCCACAACACUCUUCUGUUAUGAAAGUGUUUUGUCAUAAUGGAUCAUCUUCAUCACUCAUGCAUGAGUAAUCUGACGAUUCAUUCACUUGUGACCUCCUCCAAGAUAUAGUUUUCACAUGCCAUUGUACAGAACUGGGCUAUUUCCACCAGAAAAAUCAAAAGAAAGCUUUUAAAAAGACAAAUCCUGGAGUAAUGGGGGAUUAUUGAACCCUCUUUGAUGCUUGAAUAAACACACAAAAGCAGUUAGAUGGAGCACAACGUGGGUGAAAAUCCCAUUUUGAGACUUUUGCACUUGCUCACACACCUCAUUGUUUGACACAGCAAGUUGGUAAUCACAUAAACUGCUUUCCAGUGUCCCUCAGGGGAAGGUAGUGACAUGCCCAGCUGGCUAUUGCAGUAAAGUAAAAUUUACUGGUAUAGGAUAGGCCUGCUGCAUGUAGUUAUGUUGCUACCUACACUCUAAUAUGUCCCUGUGUCUCCUGAAACCUUUUCUUAACCAAAGACCCACUCCAACAGUAGAGUGGCCAACUCUUCUGUAUUUGGCACAGAGGACUUUUACUUUGUACUUUUUCUACCUUCUUGCUUUGCAUCUAAUUGGGUGAGGUUUCCCAUCUCGUCUCCCAGUCUCUGCUUUUGAUUGGGAAGACACUGCCCCUUCAUUAGAAGGGAAUUAGAGCUUGCAAGAGUUUGCCUCUGUCAGGUGGCUGUUUCAUGAGCUUGCAGCAUCUUGUCCUUGCUCUUUUUCGUCUUCUUCUUCUUUAUUUUUUAAAAUUUUAUUUUAUUUUAUGUUUUUCGUAUCAGGGAUCAAACUCAGGACCUCACACUUGCCAGACAGAUCUUAUGCUGCUGAGUUGAAUCCCUGGCCUAAAAAGAGGAUAAAACCAAGGAAAAUAAAACAGAAUAAAACCGAUCAAGAUAAACCAGUAUAAGUGAUACAGGUCUUUAAAACUUAGAAAAUCAGCAAUAGUUACCAUAAUGCCUCUAUCAUCUUCAAAAUAGCUGCAGAUACCUUUGGACCUGGUAAAAAUCAAACAACAGAAUAGAGCAGAAACAACAAACACAAAACAAUGACUGCAGUAAAGGACUUCAAAACAAGCUCACAGUAAGUCCAGAAUGGCUACCAUAACACGUCUUGCUAUCUUUUGAACAGUUGUUCAUGGCAUCAGAUUUAAUAUAAUCAAACAAAAUGAAAGAAUAAAACCCAACCAACAAAGCAAUGAAAAUGACAUGGUUUCCAGGCAGGGCCCACCCCCUUGUGAGGCCUGGUUGUCGCUCCACAGUCUGCGAAUGCUGCUGACUGGGAGAGAGGCUUGGGCGUGGCUGUCCCCACUCCAGCAGCAGCUGUCCCGCUCUUCUGCAGGAGUCAUUCGUUUUGGAGUCAAUGGGCUCGUCACCUGUGUAAAAGCUACUUAUGUUUUCUUUGAGGAUGCCGUGGAUAUAACUUUGAAAAUCCCAAGGCCACCCCAGGGUGGUGUGAAUCCGUGGCAGUUAAACAUAGCCAUAUACAGGAUGCUGCCCCACAUCUGGGGAGUGAGUUUGUAGUUUCCUCCACGUAUGCCACACUGUGUCUCAGGAAAUACAGUACUACAGGGUGCAUUGUUUUCUUUUCAAUAUGUGAGCCUCUAACAUGUAGAAUACAAAACCAGUCCUGAUUUUCAUAAAGGUCCACCUAUUCAGCUUUAACAGACUUUUCUUCAGACUUGAGUUCCUGCAAAAAAAUUCUCCUUUGUGAGCCAGGGUCUUGCUCUGUAGCCCAGGCUGGCCUUGAACUCACAGUGAUCAUCUUGCCUCAGCCUCCUGAGUGCUGGAUCACAGGCAUGUGGGACCAGAGCUGGUUCUUCCAUUUCAACCUAAGGGACUCCUCUACCCAAGGCAGGCCUAGUAGGAAGGACGGACAUUCUUCAGUGCUUGCAUCUAGGAAUGUCUGAGCUUUCCCCCUCAUUUUAAGGACAGUUUUGCUGGAUGUAAAAUGCUUAGUUGAGAGAGCUUUUUGUUUUGUUUCACUGUUUCAUUCACACAGCACAUGUCCACCUGUUUCCUUCUGUCCUCCUGUAACAGAAUAUCCCGCACCCCAGUCAGUAUACUGCAGUUUCUUAGUUGUCCAGGUAACAGUUCUGUCUCUAAGAAACGGCUGGUCACUAUGAUGCCUAGCUGGUCACUGUGAUGCACACUGCAUAAACCAGCCCCAAUCAACAAGCCAUUUUGCCCCUGUACUCCCCACUUGCUUAUCCUAUACAGGCCUCAGACCAUCAGAGAUCAGGGCCUGAUAUUCUGGGAAUGUACCAAUCAGUGCCCGUUGGUGUAAAUAAAUGUGUCUCCAACUCUUGGGUGUCCUUUCUGUGACUGUGCUUGCCGCUGCUCUCCAAGGAUUUUGAGGAUAAGUCUAAUGACUAUGUUUUUGGGGAAUUGCUGUCAGCUGCACAGGCAUUAAUUUAUUUGUCAUAUUUUAUACACUGACCGUUACGUUAUUCUAAUGUAAGUGAAGUUGCAGCAUCACUUUGACACCAGUAAGAAUUAAGAGCAAAAGGAACUGGAGAUGCUGAGUGUAGACAUCAUGGGAUCUCUAAAUGUAAGAGGUAUUACAGAUGCUGAGAACAGAUUCUCAGAACAGAAACAAAAGGGAUAUUGAAGCAUCCUACAGGUUUGAAUUUCAAAAACUCAAGUGUCAAUCUCCAUAACUCACAUUAGUAAGACAUUUUGUAACAUUUUUCUGUUAGAAACAAAAGACCCUCAUGGCCAAGAGUGUGAGGGGUGAAGUGGAGGUGACCAGCUCUGCCUGGGCCCACUGGUACCAUGACUUCACAAGAUCCCCUGUGAGGUCACAGCAGAUAGCUGUAUAAGGUAGGGUUUUCAGCCCAGAGACCCUUUGUGGGUGAAGUGGAGUGGUGUUUGGAGAGUAGUUGGUGAUUUGAGAUUCGAAAUUUUGAUAAUUGAUUUUAUAAAGUCUAGUUCCAUCAAGGCAUCAUUUGUGGCGUGUAAAACGUCUUUGCUGGACGUCAUGUCAUCGUCCACAGGAACAUUCUUUGAGGACUAUGACAUGCUGUUGCCCCUUGGUGAGGGUCACUUUGCCAAGGUGGUUCUCGCUGAACAUGUGUGCACAGGGAUGCUGGUAGCUGUGAAGGUACUUCAAAAGGAGAAGUUGAGGCCUACUGCUAUUAUACGGGAGGUCAGCAUCCUAAAGGACCUUCAGCACCCCAAUAUCAUCAAGUUGCUGGAAGUGUCAGAAAAUAGUACCUGUGUGUUCCUGGUGUUGGAGUAUGCGCGCGGGAAAGACCUGCAGCGCUUUAUCAAGUUUGCUGAGACACAGAAGCUGGAGGAAGAGAAGGCCCGGCUGAUAUUCCGAGAACUCCUGGAGGCUGUGCAGUACUGCCAUGACAGCGGCAUCAUCCAUGGGGACUUGAAACCGGCGAACAUAUUAAUGGACCGUGAAGGCCACCCCAAGCUCAGCGAUUUUGGCUUGGCUUUCAGGUUCCUUCCUGGCCAGGAGGUGACCGCGUGUGGAUGCACCCUACAGUAUGCUGCCCCAGAGUUAUUCUUACAAAAGAAAUACCAAGGCCCACCACUGGACAUUUGGUCUUUAGGGGUAAUUUUAUUUGAGAUGGUCGCUGGGGUACGCCCAUUUAGUGGGACCAAAACAGAAUUGAUGAAGAAUGCCCUAAAGGGGCAAUACCAGUUUCCCCAGCACUUCUCCAAAGAGGUGCAAAGCUUAAUUAAGGGUCUUCUCAACCCUGACCCUAGCAUGCGUCCUACCUUGGAGCAAGUAAGGCAGCAUCCAUGGCUUCGGCUUGAAUCUGUCCCUUGUCGACCUCCUCAACUGCUCCCCAAAGCCAAAGAAAGGGCAAUAGUGGACUUUUUGGAUGGGAAGGGGUACAACCCGCUGAAGGUGAUUGAUGCAGUGAAGUACAGAAAAUACAAUCGGUACAUGGCGCCCUUCCUGCUACUACGGGGCAUGGCACUCCGGAAAUUCCACUUCGGGUCUGAGGUGAAGCCCACACACAAACGUGAGGCUGAACAUCUGUUUGAACAGUCCACAAACAAAGGUGACAAUCUGCUAUCUGCAUCUCCUCCCCCUGUGGCUGCCCCACCAGCUAGGAGGGCCAGUGAGCCCUGCCUCUUCACUGGCCACUUCCUCCCCGAGGUGAAGCCUCUCGGCCAGCAAAGGAAGACAGUCUCCCUGCCAACUGACAUCAGCAGGACUCCCCCUGCUCGCACAUCCUGCCAGCCCGGUCCAAACUUUAUUGGUACCUCUGGCCAGCCAGGCCCUGCUUCUCCCAUCAAGUCCUAUCAUCCAGAACCUGCUACCCCUAAAGCAUCCCGUCAACCAAGCCCUGCUUCUCCCAAGUCCUACUAUACAGGACCUGCUACCCCUAAAGCAUCCCGUCAACCAAGCCCUGCUUCUCCCAUCAAGUCCUAUCAUCCAGGACCUGCUACCCCUAAAGCAUCCCGUCAACCAAGCCCUGCUUCUUCCAUCAAGUCCUACCAUUCAGGGCCUGCUACCCCUAAAGCAUCCCGUCAACCAAGCCCUGCUUCUCCCAUCAAGUCCUACCAUUCAGAACCUGCUACCCCUAAAGCAUCCCGCCAACCAAGCCCUGCUUCUUCCAUCAAGUCCUACUAUCCAGGACCUGCUACCCCUAAAGCAUCCCGUCAACCAAGCCCUGCUUCUCCCAUCAAGUCCUACUAUCCAGGACCUGCUACCCCUAAAGCAUCCCGUCAACCAAGCCCUGCUUCUUCCAUCAAGUCCUACCAUUCAGGGCCUGCUACCCCUAAAGCAUCCCGUCAACCAAGCCCUGCUUCUCCCAUCAAGUCCUACCAUUCAGAACCUGCUACCCCUAAAGCAUCCCGCCAACCAAGCCCUGCUUCUUCCAUCAAGUCCUACUAUCCAGGACCUGCUACCCCUAAAGCAUCCCGUCAACCAAGCCCUGCUUCUCCCAUCAAGUCCUACUAUCCAGGACCUGCUACCCCUAAAGCAUCCCGUCAACCAAGCCCUGCUUCUUCCAUCAAGUCCUACCAUUCAGGGCCUGCUACCCCUAAAGCAUCCCGUCAACCAAGCCCUGCUGUUCCCAUCAAGUCCUGUAAAACCAGCCGUGCCCCUACUGAGUCAUACUGGCAGCCCAACCCUGCCUCUCCCGGUGAGUCCUUCCAGCACAGCCCUGGGACUCCAAAUGCUGCCUUCACUGCUGCCCCAGCCCCUGUCAGCAGUAGGAGGUGGGGCUGGAAAACUGUCAAGAGAACCAUGAGAGACUGCCUAAGGGCCCUGUGCUGCUGCCCCGUAUCGACAUGCAAGUGUCACAAACACAAGGUGGUCGAGGUGCAGAUCCAUGAUCCCUCCUAUGGACGUGGUCAUCCUGACAGCGAGGUCAGCCACGCAAGUGGAAGCCACAAGAACACGAAUUCACCUUCAGCCGGUUGUACCCCUUCCCAGCCAUAAUGUGCAGUAUUGCCCUUUCUGUGGCUUUGGGGAGCAGUUGAGGAGGAUGACAAGGGAUAGAUUCCAGCCGAAGCCAUGGAUGAUGCCUUACUUGCUCCAAGGGUUCUCCAGGUGAUCAGGUGACUGAUUGCUCCACUCCUGAUUGGUCAGCUUCCCAACCUGAAGAAGAAUCUUGCUUGGAACCUGUCAAAAUCCCACCUCCAUUCCUCCUCCUCAGCCCCACAUCACAAGCAUCGCAGCAGUAUGAGUCAAGGCCUCUCCAGGCAAGAGACAUUUGACUCUGAAACUCAGGAGAGUGGAGACUCUGCCUACUUGCAGCCAAAAGAUUAUUCCCGUGAACACAUGGACCACUAUGCCCCACAUUGUGAUCACAACCACCGAGAUGAGACCCAUGGGAGCAGUGACCACAGACACAGAGAAUCUCGACACCGCUCCAGGGACAUAGAUCGAGAGCAGGACCACAAUGACUGCAACUAACUGCAGAGCCAUCAUAAAUCCAAAUAGGGAUGUUUACGUCCGCCAAUGACCUUCGCCUUUUUCUGCUUUUUCCAUGGUUUUGUGUAAUAGCACAAACAAAACUUUUCAAGUCUACCCUCAGUCAUGUGACCCGUCUUGUAUAUUUUGUAUUGCUGUUGCUUCAAUAGCAAUGGCAUGAAAUUAAGAGCAUUAAUUUCCAUUUUGAUUUUCCUAAGUGCUAUACACAUUUGCCUGGUGCAGCUGCAGUCCUCUGGUUUUACACUAGACCCUUCAGAAACUGGUUUGGGUAGCUGUUACUUGGGAAAAACCUGCCAUCCCAACAAUGUUAGUGUUUCAAGAAAUAUAGGUGUAUCCAGCAAUCGAGAAGUAACACAGAUCAAAAGUGGAAAUUGUUUCUCCAGAUUUUUAAUACUGAGACACCUGAUGAGCAUAUUCAUUUAUUUAUUCAUGGACCACUGUUUCUUGCUUGUACCUCUGGCUGACUAAACUAGAAACAGAUUCAGUCUUGCAAGAUUGUUGCAAAAAACAGAAAAAAAAAUUCGUCUUCUACUUGAAAAAGCCCAUCUAAAUUUAAAAAAUAUAACUAUUCUUCCGGGAGAACAUGGCGGACAGAUAACAGCAACUACCGGAGGCUCUCUGAAAAACUAGGCUCAGAAGCCAGGUAUGGUGCGGACUAAAGAGACAUAAGCAGGUGGAGUUAUGCUCUGCUGACUCAGGAACGAAGUCGGCUGAGAGAAACCAACUUGGAAUGCAGUCCUGGUGCUAAAACAGGAACAGAAAAGCCUCUGCUGGACCCCGCGCCAUUGGAAGCCGCGAGUUGGGUUUCCCACCGCGCGGUGGCUGGCUGCCUCCAUAUUGGCUCAGGAAGGAGAGAGACACACAGAAACUCUGAGAACGGGAGUCUGCGAACGGAGUCGAAAACAGGACGGGCAGGGAGGCAUGUUCUGACUUGUGGCGAGGUCAGUGAGAGAAACUGACACUCGACCACAGUUUGAGUCCAGCGGACUUUCUGGGCCCGAGCAGUCCUGCGGGAGCAGGGCGCGGUGGCGACUCCAGCCACACAUUCCCCUCUCGGGCAGGAUUGGUGAAAAGUGCCUGGCCUGUGUGACGCUGCUGGCGGACCCCGUAGGCUGGGCCAACCCAGAUCCCAGAGCCCGAUGGAGGCAGGGAGGGGCGGGCCCCGCGUAGGCUGCCUGGUGCGCAGAGGUGAGUGGGAACACCUAACCGGCGCAAUUCAAUCAGGCUGUGGCUGACAGGGAGAGAAGCUGGGCCUCUCAUAUAAGCUUGCAUAUAUAAGGAACAGGGAAUAUGGGAAGAGGCAGCAACAAGAAAGGCUCCUCGGCCCCCAACUCUGAGAAACAGGCAAUAGCAGACACCGCACCAAUAGACAUAAAGUGCCAUAUAGAGAGCCUCAUAGACCAAUUCAGGAAUGAAGUUAUCAAUGACCUGAAGCUAGAAGUAUGCAAAAUUGUUAGAGAAAUGCUAAGUACCACCCAAGAAAAAACAGAUGGUGGAAUGGAAGAAGAGAAAAAGAGGGGAGAAUUGUUUGAUGGAGAUAACAGGGAAAGUAAAGAAUAGGUGAAGCAGGUUCAAAGGGACUACCAAGAAACUAAGAAGUCUAUCGAAGACUGGCAUAACAGCUUGAAAGAAACUAAGGACAGACUAUCUGAACUGGAGGGCAGAAUUGUAAUAUGGGAGAAUGAAAUGAAAAACUUCUUUAAAAUAAUAAAGAAACAAACAGCAAUAAUACAAAGACAAGAAGAUGAUAAGAGGAUCCAUACCUUAAGGAUUAAGAACAUAAAAGAAGAAGUAGGGACACAAACAAAUGAACUACAAAAGCUACUCACAGAAAUAAUCCAGGAGAAUUUUCCUAAUUUAGCAAAAGGUAAAGAUACUCAGAUGUAUGAGGCAUACAGGACCCCAGCUACCUACAACCCAAACAGAGCAACACCCAGGCAUAUAAUAAUAAAAAUUCCAGAAAUUCAAUACAAGAACAGAAUAUUAAAAGCUGUCAGAGACAAGAAACAGACCACUUACAAGGGAGCACCCAUCAGAAUUACAGCAGAUUUCUCUGCACAAACCAUCAAAUCACGAAGAGCAUGGGGGGAAAUAAUUCAAGCUUUGAAAGAUAAUAAUCUCCAGCCAAGAUUGAGAUAUCCUGCACAACUGUCCCUGGAAAUUGAUGGAAAAACAAGGUGCUUCCAGGAUAAAGAGGAACUGGGGAAAUUUGCAACCACCAAUUCAACUCUAGAGAGAGUAUUACAGGAUAUUCUAAAAAAAGAAAAAUACAAAGAAUCCAGAAAUAGUGGAGGCCACAACGAAUGGAGCAGAGAACAAAGUGAAGAAGACAAACUGACAGCUACUGACAGAAUAAGAGCUCAACAGAAAUCAGGCAGAGAAGAUUGGAUGAUAGGAACAGCUAUUUUGGAGAAAAUGACAUCUUAAUAGGUAAUACUGAUUUAGUAUCAUCUUGUUUUGAAGUCUCAUCUAGCUUUUGUCCUUCUGUCUCCAAUGGUCUAAAUAGGUUGUAUCUUACUGGAUUUUAUUAUGUAUGAUAGUAUAAGCAAAAACCUUUUAAAGUCAAGGAGAUUAUACAGAAACCAUUGUUCAUUUUCUGUUAGUCGAUUCUAAAUACUCUGUGAUGCUGUCAUUCUCUUAAAUGGUUUUACAUUGUUUUGACAUACUUAAUGCUACAGUAUACGAAGUUGUACUCAAGGAUUUCAGGGAAAGAGACAAUAUGGUAACUACUUUUAGGUCAGGAUUAUCUGGUGGUGAAACACUAUUCUGAUUAAAUGUUUAUGUUUUGAUCUGCGCUGUUUCGUUUUUAUGCCCUCUUUUAUCUCAAUCUCCACUCCAUUAUUUACUUUUUUAUUUUUAUCCUUUUAAUUAAAGGAAAAAAUAGCAGGAUAUAUUAUAGUAACCCACUUUGACUUUCCAUUACCUCGAUUUAAAGCCCUGUAUUACUCUCACCAUCUGGUUUUUAACUGAUGUUCCCCUAUUCUGUUUUGCUGGAUAGUAUCAGGUUCGAAAAUUUAGGCAUCAGCUGUGAAGAUAAUGAGACUCAUUAUAAUGCCCAUUCUCAUUGACUUUUAUCUACUUUUGAAGACCUACAAUGUCUCCAAUGUUUUGGUUUUGUCGGUUUUAUUCUUUACUGUUUUGUUCAAUUGUAUUAUAACUAACGAUAUAGGCAAUUCUAUUAGAGAUAGCGGGAGGCAUUAUGGUAACCAUUGUUGAUCACCUUGUAUUAUGUUUUCACAUUAUCUAUUAUGUCCACCCUUUUGACUUGACCGAUUGUGUUCUGUUAUGUCCCAUUUGGUUUUACUCUCUUCCAAAAAAGUAAUAAGAACCGUGGGAGCAAUGAAACCCAAAUUGUACAAAAGAGAGGAAAAGAAAGUGCUCUAAACUAUAUAAUUGCAUGUAUAUUUAAGUGUAUAAGAUAGAAAAUGAUAUCAGAGUUUUAUUGGAUCAUUGAACAGAACUGUUUGCAGUAUCAUUGAUGGAAUGUCCACUUUACAAGCUUUAAUUUUGUGACUUGAACAAUUAUUUCUAAGAUGACAAUAUGUAAUCCAUUAACUAGUGAUUUCCUACUGUUCAUUUUUUUUUCUGCAAAUCUGUAUAACUUGUACCCUUUCUCUGCUUUUUUUUUUCUUUUCUCCUUAAAUAGAAUUAAAAAAUAAAUAAAUAAAAAUAAAACAAUAACUAUUGUGCCCAAUGUGACUGGUGAUUAUAGAGAUAAAAUACAAGUUCUUGCAUGUGCUGUGGAUAUCUGGGAGACUAUGCCGCACAAUUACUUUUGUUACCUAUGAAAAAGCCUUUUUUUUUUUGUUAAGUAUGUAAUUUCAGUAAAACGGUGGCCUGCCAUGUGGGCAAUGGCCCACCCUGGGACAAAAAAAAAGCAGUGUGCCAUCCGGAUAAAACCUGCCUCUGAUCCAGAAUGCCAAAACCAUGUUUUCCUUUUGUCCCACCCUAAUUGGACAACCAGAGAUGAGGAGGUUCCUUAUCGGUAUCGCCAGUUCUUCUCAGUAGCCAUUAGGGCACCCCAGAAAACCCACCAAUUUGCCCAAGAGAGCAGAGGUGAGGCAAUUGGCUCAACAGAGACUUAUUAGUCUCCCUCGGGGUUUUUUGAAAAGAGUGCAAAAGCCCUAUCACAUUUAUACACCAGUAGUGGCUAAAAAUGCAAGGGCCAUUAAUAUUGCCUUUGUAACCCAGUCGGCCACUGAUAUUAAGCAAAAAUUGCAAAAGUUUGAGAGAUUUGAGAAAAUGCCCUUCAAUCAGUUAUCAGAGGUUGCUUAAAAGAUAUUUGACAACCGGGAGGACCCUAAAGACCAGGCUUAAGAGGUUUCUGCUGGGCAGAAAAACUGCAUUGGUUGUUGGACUUUCCAUAAAAAAAUAAAAAUAAAUGACUCUUUCCUCCCAGCAGAUGCAAGCCAUCCAACAGAUUCCAGUGUCUGUGACUAAAAACCAAGUGCAAAAAUUUCUAGGAGCCAUAGGACUGAUGCAGAGUUUGGGACCCUGGCAGAGGCCUGUUGCCUAUCUUUCCAAGAAACUUGAUUAUGUGGCAGCCAGAUGGCCACCUUGUCUGUGGGUGUUUUCCUCGGUAGUCAUCCUGAUAGAGGAGACACAAAAACUGACUUGUGGACCAAAAUUCUUAAUUGUCUCCUCCUAUUCGCUGGAGACUCUCAUCAAGCCUCCACCGGACCAAUGGCUGCCAAACUCCCAAGUCAUGCAUUAUCAGGCAUUACUUCUAGAUCUGACUACCAUCAGUUUCAAGGACAGCGGCUUCAAACCCUGCUACUCUGCUGCCUGAUGAUGCCCCUCCUUGCCCCUCCACAUCUGUAUUGGGGACCAGACUUGACAGAUGAGCCACUAUUCAGAGUUCCUUUGUAUUUCUCCGAUGGAAGCAGUUAAAUUUAUCCAGCCCACUGAGAGGACAAACACCCUGCUGUAGAGCCUGAGUCACCGGUGCUCAUCAACAGGCUUCACCAUGGAUCUCUUGAGCCAUUGAAAAGGUCCCUACAUUGUAGUCCUCAGCACUCCAACUGCUAUCAAAGUAGCCAGAAAGCCUACCUCGAUGCAUCAUUCCCACUUCAAGCAGGUCCUGGCUUCCAAAGGCGAUCAACCUACAGAUAAGUGGACUGCCAUUCCCUCCAAGGACUCUUUAAAGCUCAGGAUUGCCAAAUGUAACUAAUAAUCUUAUGUUCUCCCUUAUGGAGACCCCAAGGAGGCCUCUAUCUGGCUUUUAAAAAAUUGUUAAUUAUGUGACAAAACAGUGAAUUUAAAUGUUGGUUUUCUUUCUCCUUUUGGUUUAACAGCUUUAAUAAUGGUAGCUGCAAGAACUUUGUUAAUCUUCCUAUUGGGCCUUGUAUUAUACACAGAUUAGUAAACUAUGUCAAAGGUUCAAAUUAUACAGCUUAUGAUUUUAAAGAUGCAAGGUUAUAAACAGGUACCUAUGUCUGAAAACCCAUGAGCCAAUGAUUUGGUGCACUGACUAAAAUCAGUGGGGAAAGCUGUACACUAGCUAAAAGAGCUUUGUUAUGUUUGUAUUAAGCCAAAGUACCUGUUAAGCCGCCUACUGUUUUGUAUGCAUUUCCCCCCCUCUGGGUGACCUAACUGAUAUGUUAAUCAAUGCUCCCUUCUGUAAAAAAUUGUAAAUCCCGGGAACCUAAACUAAUUGAUAUGUUAACCAUUGUUGCCCUCUACUAAUAACAGAUGUGGUGCUAAAAUCAGCUGACAAAGAAUUAACUAAUGCUAGACUACUCUGUCCUCUGCUAAGGAAAACAUUUCCUUAGCAGAUUUCCUGAUCCACCCCCAUAACCCCUUUACUUUGUAAACUCUGCUCUCUACAAGAGGCUAGAAAGCCUUAAGGAGGACACACAGCUUUUGCAAAUUCCAACUGCACUGUGUUACAGGGCCCAGGAUAAAAUAAAUCAGCGCUGCUUUUUGAAAAUAAAAA